CGCCAAUAACAUAAACCCUCGCCAACCAAAAAAACCUCGUCACACAGAACGGAGAGAAGAAACCCAAAAGACCAAAAAAGUGUCGGCUUUGACGAUUUUCUUUGAUUCUUUUGAUCAAAUUCAAUGGCUUUCUGGGGAGUUGAAGUUAAGCCAGGAAAGCCUUUCACUCUUAAGGCUACUGAAACAAGAAGACUUCACCUUUCCCAGGCAACAUUGGGGCUUGGUAACGCAACAACUAGAAGCAUUCUUCAGUGUAACGUUGGGAACAAAAGCCCCCUCUUCUUAUGUGUCUUGUCCCCUGAAAAGGUUGAUUCUUGCCAACUGAAUAUUGAGUUUGAGGAGGCUGAUGAAGUUGUCUUCUCUGUAAUCGGACCACGGAGCGUUCACCUCACUGGCUACUUCCUCGAAAGGAGUACAGCUCUAAGGCUAAAUGAUGAUGAAUCGGAGUCAUACGGAGAAGACAUUGUUGACACAGACAUGGAGAAAGGUAGCAGUGAUGAUUAUGACUACAGUGAUAGUUUCAUAAACGACGAUGAUCCAUCUGGCCGCAAUUCACACGUCUCUAGCACUUACGAUGAUGAAAUAUCUAUUAAGGAGAUGGCAGCUAAAAAGAAGGACAAGGAAGAAAAAGGGAAAGGUGGAAGACUAAGGAAGAAGUUUCACUUGUCGGUCUUUGAUUCAGAUUCUGAUGAAACUUCAGCUAAACCUGAUGACUCUAGCAUUGGGGAUACCGUAGAAGUACGUAACAACGAUAAUGACCACAAGAUACCCAAGGUCCUUUCUUCAGAGAUUCCGAUUACGAGGUCAAAGGCAAAGAGUUCGAUUUUGGAAAAUGGAAAGCCUAAUGCCAAGUGUGAAAAGACAUCAGACGUAACAACUCAUGCCCACAAGACUCUCGAUGAAAGGAAGGAUAAACCAUCGGGUGAUGUUGAGCAUCCUGCCGUUCAGAAAGAAGGUGAAGCUGUUGCAAAGAAAAAACGAAAGAAGGAUAAGUCCAAGACUUCAGCUGUAAUUGACUUAGAUGACGGAGGGGAAAAACUUAUGCCUGAACAGAAUGAGAAGCAAGCCACUGACAAGGAGAUUGAAUCAGCAAAUGAUGUAUUGCUCUCUCAGAAUGGGGAUGCAACCCCAUCAAAGAAAAAGAGGAAGAGGGAUAAGAGAGAGGAAACUAAAGAGAAGAAGAAACAAGCUACUGAAACUGACAAGAACAACGAGAAAGAAGCUGGUACCAAUAAACCAGUAGAAUCAGUUACUUCUUCACCAGAUGAAGUUAGCAUUGAAGUGCUUGAAGAAGCCAAGGUUGAUGGAAAAGCAGCUGCUAAUGGCAAAAAAGUGAGCAUACUCUAUACUGAGAAGUUAAAAGACACCGGGAAAGUGUUGAGUUCAAACUUGGGAGACGAUCCCUUGAGAUUUCGAUUAGGUGAAGAGAAGGUCAUAAAAGGACUCAGUAUUGGCGUCGAAGGCAUGCGAGUUGGUGAGAAGAGAAGGCUAAUAAUUCCACCAUCUCUCGGGUACUCAGAGAAGGAAUCGAAGGAAGGUGUGCCUAAGAAUAAGUGGCUAAUCUAUGAAGUGGAGGCAGUAAAAGUUAGAUGAAGUGGCUAAUCUCUGUUUUAUUCUAUUUUUUGGGAUUUGUAGUUAUUUGGGUAGAUAACUCAAAAACUC